GUCGCACAGAAAAUUCUCACUAGUGAUUUUUGCAAAGGAAAACCAACAAGUACCACCGUCAGCUGGGGCUUUGGAACGAUUCAGGUAUUAUCAGAAGAUGUGAAGAGCUCGCGGUCAACAUAAUGUCCUAUCUUUACAUAACAAAAAUGGUGAAGUUCAGAGAAAAACUUGCGACCAACAGAGACUGCAUACAGGUGAUAGAAGCCUACUUGUCCCUCACGCACCUUGAUCAGUUGUUAUCUAGUGCAGGAAGUGAGAAAAUGGAGGCCAAGGAAAUCAAAUUCAUAGACAUCAGCCUUAGCCAUGAUCUAACAGCGGGAAACUACGUGAGCAAGAUUGAGAAGAUGCGUCAAGACUUAGCAGAGACUUGGACGCGCAAUCGUCCUGUAUGUAUCACUGUACUCGACGAAAAGGAUCGUGAUUUUGAGAAGAAGCUCACUUGGUUCGACAUUGUACUGGUUUUCAAUGAUGGAAAGAGUAGGGUCAGGCUGAGGAUCCGAUGCGACCAGCUCUACUUUCAGGGAUUUCGCGUGAAUGACGCCGGUAAAUGGUUCGAGCUGGGGAUUGAGGGAAGAGAUAAGCACCUCAUCGAUAAAGAAUCAACACUUCUUGGUUUCGGGCAUAACUACACUGCCUUGUUACGCGCAGCUGGCUUCGACGCAACAGGAGGUCUUACUGAAGUCACCCUUGGGCGUGAGAAGCUUAUAAGCGCAGCGCGAUGGCUUGAAAAUCCACCAAACGCCAAGAAAAGAGCCGAAGCAUUGCUCAUUAUGAUUGUUACAUUCUGUGAGUCUAUGAGGUUUGUUCCGAUUAGUAAUUAUCUGAGGAGGACAUGGCAACAAAGCUUGAAAGCCCCCAGUUGGCUCGAGACCCUAAUUCAUCGGUGGGGGGAGCUCUCUGGAUGUGUUUUAUUCUAUGAUGCUCAUCCUACCUAUGUAUGGGUGCCUCAGAAACUUGUGGUUGAAGGACCGGCACCAGAUUUUAAACCAGUAAAUGUCGUGGCUCGAUCUGUCAACGAACUGCUGGAAUAUCUUGGCAUGUUGCAGAGGGAUCCUAGAACUAUUGUUCCUCCUAAGCCGUAGAUGCGACUUAGUGAUGUCCUGUGGAUUUUAGAAUAAUGCUGUGGAAUAAAUGUGAGCCUUCUAGGGUUUCCAUGGGUUCGGAGUAAUGUUGUGCUCCUCUGAAGUCUUCUUCUGAGCUACUGUAAUGGGCAACUAGUAUUGAUUAUGUCCAACAUUAUUGUAAGACCAGUCGGCCUUUCUUAUCUUUUGCACGAAUGAAUAAAGUUAUGCUUGCAGGUCC